AUGGCACCCUCUGAUCGUCUCAGCCAGGUGAAUGAGCACCUCAACUACCCUGCUGGUCUCUUAGCAGGCCAGGUCGCCAUCAUUACGGGCGCCGGCCAGGGCAUCGGCGCCGAAGCAGCACGGCUAUUCGCAAACGAAGGCGGCAAGGUCGUGGUUGCAGAUAUCGACUCCAAAAAGGCCAACGCCGUCGCCGACGCCAUCAACUCGGCGAAAUCCGGCCGUGCCCUGGCCGUGGUCGGCGAUAUCCUCGACGGCGACUAUGUCAACGACCUAGUCAAGAAAGCCGCCGAUUUCGGCAAUGGCAAGAUUCACAUCAUCGUCAACAACGCCGGCUUUACAUGGGAUGGCGUCAUUCACAAGAUGACCGAUAAACAAUGGGACACAAUGCUAGCAGUGCAUAACACAGCCCCAUUCCGGCUUGUGCGCGCAGCAGCGCCCUAUUUCCGCGUCAAAGAUCAAGAGCCACGGGUCGUUAUCAACAUCAGUAGCACGAGCGGUAUCCACGGUAACGCAGGCCAAGCCAACUACGCCGUCGCAAAAGCAGGUGUCGUCGGUCUUACCCGCACAAUCGCCAAAGAAUGGGGCCCAUCGUUCGGCGUCCGCUCUAACACUAUUGCCUUUGGCUACGUAACUACCCGGCUAACGGCCGCGAAGGAAGAAGGUGCCUUCAUCACCACACCUGAUGGUACGAAGGUUGCUCUGGGAAUUCCUGGCAAGCAGCUGGCAGACAAAAAGGGCUCUGCUGAGGCGAAGAAGGUCGAGGCGAAUGCCUAUCCGGAUAUUCCCUUGCGUAGACCCGCGAGCCCGGUUGAGGCUGCGAGGGCGAUACUGGGAGUUGCAAGUCCGUGGUUCUCGUAUGUCAAUGGGGAGACGAUUCGUGUUACCGGUGGACGUAAUAUGUAA